UUUCCGCAAAGUUUUGGAGUUGCGGCAGGCUUCCCUUAAUCAGGUUUAUUAAAGUUUUGUUUAUAGACAUUUAUAAGCUAAAAGAAAAGAUGAGUGAAAUUAAGCCCAAUGAUAAAGGGUCGAGUGAAGAGAGCGCCGAGGAACAAGACUGGGCAGCGGCUAAGGCUGCUUACGACAACCUCAAAUCUAACAAACCCAGACCUCCCAAACCCAAGAAUGCAGUCACCAUCGCCGUCUCCUCUCGCACUCUCUUCAACAUGAAGGCCGAGAGGAAGAUCUUUGAGGAAGAGGGCUUAGAGAAGUAUGUCGCUUUCCAGCAGGAACAUGAAAACGAGCCCCUAAAACCAGGACCUGCUUUUCCCUUCGUCAAGGCGCUGAUGAACGUCAACACUCGACUGAGGGAGCUCUACCCAGACAACGAGGAGCUGUUUGAUAUCGUCUUAAUGACCAACAACCAUGCCCAAGUGGGAGUGCGCCUCAUUAACAGCAUUAAUCACUAUGAUUUGACCAUAGAAAGAUUCUGCAUGACAGGAGGGAAGAGUCCUAUUGGUUACCUGAAGGCCUACCUGACAAAUCUUUACCUCUCCAAAAGUGCAGACAAAGUCAUACAGGCCAUAGAUGAAGGAAUUGCUGCUGCCACAAUGUUCACGCCGGACACAGAGCUGGAGCUAAGCGACACUCAGUUGAGAGUGGCGUUUGAUGGUGACGCUGUCCUCUUCUCCGACGAGUCAGAGAUCAUCGUGAAACAGCAUGGCCUGGACACUUUCUUUGAGCACGAGAAACAUUUUGAGAACAAACCUCUCGCUCAGGGACCAUUAAAGUGUUUCCUGGAGGCCCUGGGAAAGCUCCAGAGAAAAUUCUAUGCCAAGAACGAGCGUUUGAACUGCCCCAUCCGAACCUUCCUGGUCACGGCCCGCAGCGCUGCCAGCUCCGGAGCUCGCGUCUUGAAGACCCUCCGCAGCUGGGGCCUGGAGAUCGACGAGGCUCUCUUCCUGGCGGGGGCUCCUAAAGGGCCCCUGCUUCAGAAGAUCAAGCCGCACAUCUUCUUUGACGACCAGAUGUUCCACAUUGAAGGGGCCACGGAACUGGGAACCAUAUCCGCACACGUCCCCUAUGGAAUCGGACAAAAGUACCACAAGGGCAAACUCAUCGAGCAGCCUGAAAAAAAGGAAUAACCUAAGAAAGGUUAAAAAAAUAAUAUUACACUCGCACUACUUUUGCUCCCAAUUAAAUAUUUAUAUUCAUAAAAAAAUGUCCAUUAAAGGAAUCCUAAUUUUUAAAGGAUUUUGCUCAUGAAUUGGCAAUAAGUAUUUUCCUCAUGAGAGGGUAUAACUGCUGAGCAGGAGAAUGUAUUUUCACACCAGAGUUACACUAGGUGCUUUACUUUCACUUACUGCUGUCGAGGAAAAGCAACCUUUUGGUUGGUUUUAACAUAUGUGCUUACCACUUGAAAGAUCUGCAGAAUAAGUUUUAUACUGUUUUUUAAUUACGUUUAUAAAAAAAAAAGUUUAUCCCUUUUAUCUGUGAGGUUUUUGACAAAUAGAUAUAUACAUAUAUAAGUACUGGUACAGAUCACCAAUUCCAUUAUUUUUGGUGUUUGGCAAAAUCCUCACCCAUUUCAUAUUUUAAAAGGGAUUUUAGGAGGUAGAAUAACUUCAGCUUACAAGGAGCGCUGAUGCUGUUUCUGUGUGUUACUGUACUCAUUUAAUUUUUGAAGUGCCACAAAACUUGAUCUUGUUCUGUAGGCCGUUUAUGCUGUGUCUGUGUGUCAGCCAACAAGCUGUAACUAGACUUUCUAGGAUGGACUGACUACAUCUACGUAUGCAUCUGUAUAUGUUUGCAGAUAUUUAUGAAAUUUAUAUUGCAUAAAUAUUUACCUUAAUGGCCUGCAUAACUAAAUGUCAGGAAGACGUUGCACAGAUACACUCACAUGUUUUUAUAUGCUGGUAUAUUCAAUCUUUUUCAUUUUUGUACUCACAUUGUGGUAACACAAUGAUAGCUUGUCUACACCAUUUGACUUUUCUACCAGCGAGUAGUUGGAUAAAUAAAGGGAUGUGAUGAAACCCCAGUUGUUGUGUUUUGACAGUGUUGGGUAGUACCUAACUGCAUGUACUGUAAUUAUUUGGAGGCGCUUUAUCCUGCUUUAUUCUUCAUUUGACAUAAAAAUAUACUAAAGAUUCUCUCAGAUUGUUGUGUUUAGGCAGAGUUUGCCUAGUGAGAGCAACAUCUUUCUAUAAAAGAGCUACAGAGCUGCUUUUUUCUUUUCUUUCCUUAUGCCAGGAUGCUUCUGAUUUAUCUCGAGGCCUUUUGAGAAGGCCUGACUGACUCACACACAAACAGAUUAAUGGCACUUAGUGUAAUACUGCAGUUUAUACUAAUAUUUCAUAUUUUUGGCACACAGGUUAUUUGCUUUAAAAAUGACACAUUAUCUAUAUAAUACCUCGGUAUUUAUAGUUUAAUAGGAUUUUGGUUGCAGAGCUUUUACAUUUAAAGGUAUUUUUGUCCACCGCUAGGUGGUGCUAUUUACCUGUAAGUGCUCCUCUUUGCAUUCAGGGCCUCUGGGAUAGUCUUGUUUUCCAGGUUGGAAAGUUUUUCCUUCCACUUUCUUGUGGUUUCAAGAUGGAAUAUGGGAAAAACAAAAAAAAUGAUGACAUGUAUUUUACGGAAAUGACUGUUUUGUUUUACUGUCUUGGUUACUGCUAAUAAAUCAUUUUUA